UGAGCCGCCUCGGAACCAGGACCGAGCGGCCGAGGAAGAUGGCACAGGACGCUGGACGAGCAGUCCUGAAGUUGAGUUUGCGAGGCGACACGGCGGCGGCGGCCGCGCUGCUCCCUCUCCUCUGCCUCCCCAUGGAUAUGCACUGCAAAGCAGACCCUUUCUCCGCGAUGCACCCAGGGCACGGGGGGGUGAACCAGCUCGGGGGGGUAUUUGUGAACGGGCGGCCUUUGCCCGACGUGGUGAGGCAGCGCAUCGUUGAGCUGGCCCACCAGGGCGUCCGUCCCUGCGACAUCUCCCGGCAGCUGCGGGUCAGCCACGGCUGCGUCAGCAAGAUCCUGGGAAGAUACUACGAGACGGGCAGCAUCAAGCCCGGGGUGAUCGGCGGCUCCAAGCCCAAGGUGGCCACUCCGAAAGUGGUGGACAAGAUCGCUGAGUACAAACGGCAAAACCCCACCAUGUUCGCCUGGGAAAUUCGGGAUCGACUCUUGGCGGAGGGGAUCUGCGACAACGACACGGUGCCCAGCGUCUCCUCCAUUAACAGGAUCAUCCGAACCAAAGUUCAACAACCUUUCCACCCAACACCAGAUGGGACUGGGACAGGAGUGGCUGCCCCAGGCCACACCAUAGUUCCCAGUACGGCGUCCCCUCCCGUCUCCAGUGCCUCCAACGAUCCAGUGGGCUCUUACUCCAUUAACGGGAUCCUGGGGAUUCCUCGGUCCAAUGGCGAGAAGAGGAAACGUGAUGAAGAUGUAUCGGAGGGCUCCGUCCCCAAUGGAGACUCCCAAAGUGGUGUGGACAGUUUGCGGAAGCACCUGCGUGCUGACACUUUCACUCAGCAGCAGCUGGAAGCUUUAGAUCGGGUGUUUGAGCGUCCUUCCUACCCAGACGUAUUCCAGACAUCAGAACACAUCAAAUCUGAACAGGGCAAUGAGUACUCCCUGCCAGCCCUGACCCCCGGUCUUGAUGAAGUCAAGUCAAGCCUAUCUGCCUCCGCUAACCCAGACCUGGGGACCAAUGUGUCAGGGACCCAGACAUACCCUGUGGUGACCGGUCGUGACAUGGCAAGCACCACCCUGCCUGGCUACCCACCCCAUGUUCCCCCAACUGGACAGGGCAGCUACCCCACCUCAACUCUCGCGGGAAUGGUACCUGGGAGUGAGUUUUCAGGGAAUCCCUACAGCCACCCUCAGUACACAACCUACAACGAGGCCUGGAGAUUCAGCAAUCCUGCGUUACUAAGUUCCCCUUAUUAUUAUAGUGCCACAUCCCGGGGCUCCGCACCUCCCACUGCUGCCACUGCCUAUGACCGCCACUAGUUACCACGGAAACCACAUGAAACUGCAGGGCGACACCUUAGGCCUCCACAUUGUACCUGUCUGACCACCUUUCUCUACUGCGGCGACGGCAGGAGGACCGAGAGGACUUCUCCACGGCCCUGCCCUUAGUCUCCCUCCCCCACCUCCCCUCAUACUGGGACCACGUGACCCUGCCCAACCCAAUGCCCUCGACCGACUGACGGCGCCCACGGGCAGGGUCAAGGAUGGACUCUCAGACACCCCGGCCCCAGGCCCCCCCCGCAGCCGUCCACCCCAUUCUCUGGGCCGUCCGCCAAGCGAGGCCUGGCCAGCGGCUGCCCCGCUGAGAGGAUGGAGCCUCAGGAAGGACCCACAGCCAGCUCCACCUCAGCCCUCUUGUCCGGGGAACGUGAAGGAGGACCUGAGAGCAAGGGAAGAGGCACCUGUGGUCUCCCCAUUCCACCCCCGUCCCAGCCGGCCACCUCUCCAGGGCAGAGGACCACGGCAUCGAGAUCAACAGCCACCCUUACCCAGAGGCCCUACUCCAACACCCGGAAGGACCGAGUCCAGUGGAUCUCACCCGCCCAGACGCCGGUGUGGUGAGGUGCCCUGGGCCAUCUCCGCCCCCCACCCCGGGAAGGGAGGGGGUCCCACCCCCACCCUUGGUACUCCUUGCACUUCACCCGACCACCUCUGCUCAACCAGCUCCAGACUGGGUUUCCAGCCAGUUUGAUUGGGGUGUCGCACAUGUGGUACACUGGGGCCGUGGUUCGCUGGUGGGGCCGAGCUCCCCCUGCACCCUCUGAGGAGCGAGGGGCCUGGGGGAGGCUGGGGGCAGACACCUGUGUUUUCUGUGACACGCAAUCAGCUGAGGCAGGGGCCGGGAGUGCGGGGUGCACAGCGUCAGCCACCCGGCCCACUGAGAUGAAGAAAUAUAUAAAUAGAGAUAUAACAGAGACUGUGUUUUUAUGCUUUGUCAUGAGGUCUGGGGAAAAAACAACCACCUGUAAACAAUUUUAUAAAAGAACCCACCCACCCUCACCAAAAUCCCCCCAAAGCUCCAAAUCUCUGUCCUGCUCCCCGCCCUCCAGACCCUCCCCAACUCUCCAAAUUACAGACAAGUGGUCCCGCACAGCCUAGGUGGGCCCGGGCCCUUUUCCUUUCUGUUUUGCACUAUGUCGAGAGGGUGGGAUUGAUUGGAGUGGGGGUUUCCUUUCUCCACCCACGGCUCCCCAGGGAGCAAGGCGGAUGGCUCAAUGGGCCAGGCAGACCUGACCCCAGGCCACCUUCUGGGCCAGGCAGAUGGGGUGUAGGCAGAUAGGUGGGGGCAGCCAGGGUCCAUUUUGGCCACUGAGGCAGGGGAUGGGCCCAAAGGGAGACUGUGGAGUCCUACAGGCCCGGGCGGGCUCCUUCCAGUCAACUUGGAUGGAGAUGGCCGAAUGCAGGAUUAACCAAGGUAACUGCCGGGGAUUUCUCCCAACCCGCUGCUCCCCCUGGCCCCAUUCACCCCUCCUCCCCCCGGCCUGUAAGACCUCUUAUGGAACCAGCCCCCUGGACCUCCGCCCCAGGCACCCCCUGUAACCACACAUGCAAGCCCACUUGCCCCUUCCCCGCCUUCCUCCUUGGCCUCAGCUGGACUCAGGGCUGGGAGCUUUGCCCACUGCUAACAGUCUCUGAGGGACAGGAUGGUGGAUCGCCCACUGCUUCCGUCAACCCCAUCCCCGACAAGUAACAGACUCCCUUGUCCUCCCUGACCUUCCCGGAGCCCCGACUCAUGACCACAGCCUCCCUGCAGGGACCCAGUCACCCCUCAGCCCAGGCAGCUGCUCCCUAAAAGGAGAGGUCCGGAUGCCCCCAUGAGCAGGAAGGAGAGGGACAAGGAAGAUUAACCUGGCACAGAUUGUGGGGACAGGAAAGGAGGCAUAGGGCUGGUUCCAGGGCAGAAAAGUGAAACCAGAAAGCCCAAGCAGGGAGUGAGAGAAGAGGCAAGUGUCACCCACAAAGCGACUCUGCCCAGUGCCUCCUGCCAGCCCCUCCCCAGAACCUCGGCAAAUGCGUGACUGCAUUGACCCCAAGAGGUUCCGGGGUCAAUCGUUUGACAUUCUGGCCAGUGGCCUCCUAGCUAGGGACAUCCUAACUGGGGUCUGACUGUGGGGGGGACUGAUGUGGUGGUCGGCUGAAGAAAACUACUGCCGUGCAACUAGAUUCCAACAGGCCGGACAAGGCAUAAGCUAAGCGGAAAUGCUACCAUUUAAUAUUAUGUUCCUUGCAAAAAAAAAAAAAAAACAACCCAGAAAACAAACGCAUUUGCUGCUCUGUAGAAAGAUAAUAUGUGUGAUGUGAAGGCAAAUCCACUUGUAUAUAAGUUCAUUUCCAUCCUCAUCUCGGUAGUUAUUAAAGCCGGCUCGCCUCAUCCUGUAGAUAAGGAA